UAUCAAAGUACAUAAGGAUCAUGUAAGCUUCAUUUUGAACAACAGUCAUGUACUUUGCUUAUAAGACAUAACUUUUUCACACUCAAUUAUUUUUUAUUUUUUUUUGCAAGAACAAGUUUGUGCGCUUCUGCUCUGUGAGGUUGUUGUGAUCAAUUCAGAACAUUUUCUCAAUAGAACGUUUUUACUAAUCUAAUGUUGGAAAAGCAAAAAACAUUCACCCUCAGUGUCUUCGAGUGACCAAAUAGUGUGAUGUGUUUUGACUAAAUGAAGUCACGGACUGUACCGGACGCAAUGCGGGUCUCGUACACUAGAGGGAGACGUGGGUCAAACAGCAGAGAGGCUCUCCUCUCCUCCAAAGAUGACACGCGCACACGCACGCACAUUUCUUGUUGAUGACAGAUGCCCAGUCCUUCUUCAUAUUUGUACAAAGGGGCUUUAUGAAGAAUAUCAAAGCGAUCACCAACUUCCUUCAGCUGGACAUCAUCACCUCGUCCUUCUCUUAUCCUAGCUGAAAGUAGAACACCAGAUGAUUAUUAGAAAGAAAACCACACAGGUACGCGUUCACUGUUGAAAGAAAAAUCUUUUCCUUGCUUUAUAUUCCAAAAAUGUGGCUAAAAAACGGAAAAAUCUGAUGUUUCAUCUGCUGCGUUUUUGCCAAAUUCAAGCAUUUUAAUUUGUUGUCUACUUUCUCUAAAAGCUGUUCAAAGUUAAAAACAUGUUAUCUAUUGUGUUUAAAUAAAGUUUUGGUGGAAGAAAUACAGUUCCGAUUUUUUUCAGAUAUUUUUUUUGUAGAAAUGUGUGCCAUAAAAUUUGAGAUAAGUUAUUUAAAAAAUUUUUUUGCCUUAAUGGAAGUUUCAAUUUUAAUUCUAUUUUAUUUAUAUAGCCCCAAUAUUACAGCCAUAGUCGUCUCAAUUGGCGUCAUACCGGUAACUACAUAAAACAUGAAAUCAUAAAGAAUGAAGUCAUAGAAUUAAAUUGGUAAUGGCUAAACUAAACUAAACUAAAGUAAACUAAACAGACUGAGCUAGGGAAUCCCUGCCCCUUAUACCCUCCUUCUCGGAAAGGAAAAACUCACCCAAACGACAAAAUAUGAUAUUUUUUCAUAUAUUAUUUCAGUGGAAUUGCUCCUUAUUUUUUUACAACAACUUAACAAUCCUGUCACUUAGACAAAAUUGUAUUUUCUUCUUUAAAGUCGUCUCAAAAUCGGACUGUGAGCCGCUGUCCGCGGUGCUGAAUUUAUUAGUGAUUGGGACUUCAAUUGAUCUGAUUUAUCACCUGUCCACGUGUUCUUUGCGUAUUUUGAUAAAAUCAAAAGUAACGCUGGUUUCCUUAGAAAAGAGAGGCUAGUUUUGAAUGGCUCAAGCAGCUGUAGCUGUGAAGGGGCGGCGUCCCACAGACAAAUGGAGCUGUUGCGUAAGGGACUCCACUUUACGCAUCAGUCGUGUGCGUCAGCAGGAGUUCCACAGCGAUGGUGCACUUGAAUUUUAAAACGAAAGUGUCACACUUACCUUGACAUAAGUUUUUUUUGUCUUUGUCGAGCUAAACCUCACAGCGCGUGCAGCAAGUGGUUCCAGAGAAACUUCAACAUGGAAACGCGUGGAUGGAGCUCUGUGCACUUUGGUUUCGUGGUGUGUGGAUAUUUGGCGUUUUUCUGCGCUGAGUUUUUCCCAGUGGCGGAGGCGGGCUGCAGGGAGAGGAUGAGCCCAAAUUGCUGCAGCGGCCGAAACAACGACUGUUAUGAGUCUAGCAGGAGGAAAACCGUGUGCUACUGUGACACCUACUGUCAGAAGACCGGCGACUGCUGCGAGGACUACCGGGGCGUGUGCCAAAUAUCUGUAGCCAUUGACUGUGUGGUGGGUUCCUGGGGUGCGUGGUCCUUGUGCACAUCCAAGUGUGGAGUUGGCAGCACAGAGAGGAGUCGUCAAGUCUCUGUCCCCCCCAGGAAUGGAGGUGCGCCAUGCCCUGACCUCAGACAGAGAAGAGGUUGCUAUGGAAAUGCUGCCGUAUGCAGCGCCGCUAAAGAGGUGGCAAAGAUCCUGCCUGAUUCUUUCAAGAGGAACUUCAAGGACCCUUGGAGACGACCACAUAUGAUGAUCAAGGAGGAGAAGGCCAGUUACUGCGUCUAUCUGCGCGUGAAACAGGCGAGUUCAGCUUGUAAGCUAAAGCUGUGGAGCGCUCAGCUUGUGAGAGAAAGGCUGAUCUGUGCUGAGUGUCAGAGCGAUGCCAUGUCCAAGUCCGAUCGGUGUGAAGGUGACGGCCUGAAAAACAUAAGAACAUUCUGGGCAGCAGCUUCAGCUCCAGGUUGUCAAGGCUCAUGGGUGCGGGAAUCGUCCUCUGAGCACUGCCGGUGUCCUCCUUACUCUGUCCUCUACGUUUGAGCGGGACAUCCGAAUCCAAAGACACGCUUGUCUUGAGGCCUGUCUCUGGCCAAGCCUGAUCCAGACCCUCCAAUCCAGAAUGUUGGAUGGUUUACUCAAGGAUAUCAGCUGCAUCCUGCCAC